AUGAGUGCAAUGGAAAAGUGGACCAUUUAUUAUGAGAGUGGUUCGGGAUUUCGAGUGGAAAGGGAUCAUCAAGAAACGUCGACGGUUCAUGGAAAAUUGAAUGCUCAUCAUGGCUCUCGGUUUUUGAUGGCAAAAGAGAAGUUAAUCACACGAGAAGAGUUUAUGGAAAAAAUAUCAAAAUUUAAAUCCGAAACAGAAGAAGCCUAUAAACCAACUCAUAAAUUGAAAGGAAAAGAAUUGGAAUUGGAUAAAAAGGAUACAGAAUUAGUAAAUAGACAAAUUGAAUUGUUUAACACACGACUCAUGAAAGAGAAAUCAUCGUCGCUUGUGUUUUCAGAUGACAUUAAAAUACCGAAAUUGGAUUUAAAUAAUGGCCAACAUGUACAGAAAGCGUGCGAUUAA